UGUCUGCGAGCUGCUGAGGCCAGACCAGGCCGAGCGGAGGAAGCGGGCACCAUGGCCCCUCUCCUGCUGCUACCCCUGCUGCUGCUGCUGCUGCUGCCGCUGCUGCCACUGCGCCUGUGGUCGCAGUUGCGCUGGCUCGCGGCAGACUUGGCCUUCACGAUGCGCGCCCUACGCUGCAAACGGGCCCUUCGAGCGCGCGCCCUGGCCGCGGCUGCCGCCGACCCAGAAGGUCCCGAGGGGGGCUGCAGCCUGGCCUGGCGCCUCGCGCAGCUGGCCCGGCAGCGCCCGGCGCACACCUUUCUCAUUCACGGCGCGCAGCGCUUUAGCUACGCGGAGGCCGAGCGCCACAGCAACCGGGCUGCGCGCGCCUUUUUGCGCGCGCGAGGCUGGGACGGGGGACUCGGCGGCGGCGGCACGGGGGGCGCCGGGGAAGGCGAGCGGGCGGCGCACUGCGCGAGAGACCAGGCGGCCGGAAGCGGCGCGGCGCGGGCGGUGCGGGAAGGGGACGGCGCGGCCCCUCUGGCACCUGGGGCCACCGUGGCGCUGCUGCUCCCCGCCUGCCCAGAGUUCCUGUGGCUCUGGUUCGGGCUGGCCAAGGCCGGCCUGCGCACGGCCUUUGUGCCCACCGCUCUGCGCCGGGGUCCCCUACAGCACUGCCUCCGCAGCUGCGGCGCCCGCGCGCUCGUGCUGGCGCCAGAAUUCUUGGAGUCCUUGGAGCCUGACCUGCCGGCCCUGAGAGGCAUGGGGCUUCACCUGUGGGCUGUGGGCUCUGACACCCGUCCUGCUGGAAUCAGCGAUUUUCUGGCCGAGGCCUCAGCUGAAGUGGAUGGGCCAGUGCCCGGGUACCUGUCUGCCCCCCAGAACAUGACGGACACGUGCCUGUAUAUCUUCACCUCCGGCACCACGGGCCUCCCCAAGGCUGCUCGGAUCAGUCACCUGAAGGUCCUGCAGUGCCAGGGGUUCUACCAGCUGUGCGGUGCCCACCAGGAGGAUGUGAUCUACCUCGCCCUCCCACUGUACCACAUGUCCGGCUCCCUGCUGGGCAUCGUGGGAUGCUUGGGCAUUGGGGCCACAGUGGUGCUGAAGUCCAGGUUCUCGGCCGGCCAGUUCUGGGAGGACUGCCAGCAGCACAGCGUGACGGUGUUCCAGUACAUCGGGGAGUUGUGCCGGUAUCUCGUCAACCAGCCCCCGAACAAGGCAGAACGUGGACAUAAGGUCCGACUGGUGGUGGGAAGUGGGCUGCGGCCGGACACCUGGGAGCGCUUUGUGCGGCGCUUCGGGCCCCUGCAGGUGCUGGAGACAUACGGGCUGACUGAGGGCAACGUGGCCACUUUCAACUACACCGGACAGCAGGGUGCUGUGGGGCGCGCCUCCUGGCUCUACAAGCAUGUCUUCCCCUUCUCUUUGAUUCGCUAUGAUGUCGCCACAGGGGAGCCAGUUCGGGACACCCAGGGGCACUGUGUGGCCACGUCUCCAGGUGAGCCAGGCCUGCUGGUGGCCCCUGUGAGCCAGCAGUCGCCAUUCCUGGGCUAUGCUGGGGGGCCAGAGCUGGCCCGGGGAAAGCUGCUGAAGCACGUCUUCCGGCCUGGGGAUGUUUUCUUCAACACCGGGGACCUGUUAGUCUGCGACAACCAGGGCUUUCUUCGCUUCCAUGAUCGUACCGGAGAUACUUUCAGGUGGAAGGGGGAGAAUGUGGCCACCACCGAGGUGGCCGAGGCCUUGGAGGCCCUGGACUUUCUUCAGGAGGUGAACGUCUACGGAGUCACUGUGCCAGGGCAUGAAGGCCGGGCUGGGAUGGCAGCCCUGGCUCUCCGUCCCCCCCACUCUUUGGACCUUGUGCAGCUCUAUGCCCAUGUUUCUGAGAACUUGCCACCUUAUGCCCGGCCUCGAUUCCUAAGGCUCCAGGAGUCCCUGGCCACCACAGAGACCUUCAAGCAGCAGAAGGUUCGGAUGGCAAAAGAGGGCUUUGACCCAAGCGUGCUGUCCGACCCGCUCUACAUUCUGGACCAGGCCAGGGGCGCCUACCUGCCGCUCACGCCUGCCCGGUACAGCGCCCUCCUGGCCGGGGACCUUCGCAUCUGAGCGCCCCCACGCCAGCACACUCGACAGGGGGGCCCUGUGGGCUGGGGAACUGCUGUUAGG